UGACCGGCGCAGCAGCGAGGAACACAACAGUCCUGUCCAGCAAAUGAAAGGAUGGGGGGCAUCAGCGGCUGAGUCGAUACCAACCGGACCAGGGGCCGAGGGGAGACAACUACUUUGGACUCACUCUCGGGUCACUUUUGUCGGAUUUAUUCCCCGGCCCGCACCAACAUGCCAUUUGCCAAACGAGUCGUGGAACCUCAGUUACUGUGCAGGUAUCAAAUCCCAAACGAGGAGGGUCUGCUGUUCGAGGACCUGGUCUCCAUCAGUAAUGUGGCUCUAUCUCGGACCUUGCGGCAGCUGUCGGACCUCGCCAGACAUGCCUGCUCCAUAUUCCAGGAGCUGGAGGGAGACCUCACGACCACCAACCAGCGGGUCAGGAGACUCCAGAGUAAGAUUAAUGAACUUCAGCAGAACUGCACGGAACUGGACCCCAAACAGGAGGCAGUGCCGGUGUCUAACCUGGAUGUGGAGAGUAAGCUGACGGUACAUUACCAAGCUCCGUGGCACCAGCAGAGGAACAUUUUCCACCCCUCCACACGGCCAGCAUGCGUAGAAGAGCUCCACAGGCAAGCCAACUUCAGCCUGUGGGCACUGCACAGAGAUCACCAGCGGACACGAUCAGGCAGCAGGGAGCGGAGAGUAACCAUUUCAAUCUCUGCGGUGCCCCCAAUGCCCAUGUACCCCUCCCCACACACUGGCUCGAGGCACGAAAAGAACCGCUUACAGUUGACAACGUUUGAAACCACCCGUUCCUCAUCCCCUACCGAAUGUUGCCGUUUCUCCCCCUGGAGCAGAAAGGCUGCGCCCUCUGACCCCGACAUUGACGGGGUGGCUCUAGGUCACCGGUCUAAGUUUCCCAUCCUUAACAUCCCCUCCACUCUGGACAAGCAGACUAACUGGUCUAAAGCCCUGCCGCUGCCCACCCCAGAGGAAAGAAUGAAAAGCAAUUCCCAAGUGAUCACCUCAUGUGUCAUCCCCAUUAAUGUGACUGGGGUUGGCUUUGACAGAGAUGCUAGUGUGCGCUGCUCGCUGGUUCACUCGCAGUCUGUGCUUCAGAGGAGGAGGAAGUUGAGGAGACGGAGGACUGUCGCCGGCGUUCCCAGACAGGUGCAGCAAGACUUAGACUCUGAUGACUCUCCGGGUUCCAGAGAACGGACUGUGAUAGUUCAUGCCAGUCCUGACAUCACUCCCUCCAAUGAGGAGCUGGCUGGUCAUCUCAACACCAGAGACUCAGGUUGCCAGACAGAGGACUUUUUAAUCUCAGGAGCACCAUCUCGGAGGCGGAUCAGGUCCCAGCGAGGCCAAGGAGCUUCACUGUCCCUGUCCCACUCUGCAGGAAACAUCUCCUCCCUGACAGACAGCGCUGACGCCAUGUUCACCACCUCAGUGGGUGCACGUCUGCGCUCUCGGAGUCUCCCCAGAGAUGGGAGUCAUUUGAUUGACAAUGGCCGGAAUGACAGCGAUGAUGAGGAAGAACUCUCUCCGUUUGAUGCUGUGGACUUCUUGUCUAGACCUGGGGAGUUAAUUCUGAAAGAUGAAGGAGAGAGCACGGAUGAUCAGGCAAUGCCCGGUCGCCAGCUCGGCAGCCUCAAGUACAAGCAGCUCUCAGAGAGUCCAGAACGCAGCUGGAUGGAAAGGACCCGAUCGCAGCUGCCCAGGAAGGCCGACAUGGGCAGCUGUGAGAUCUCGUCAAGUUCAGACACAUUCAGUAGUCCUGUUCACUCGGUCUCAGCUGCGGGGGUGCUGGGAAGCCAGAUGGACCAUAAGGAUGACCACCAGUCCUCUAGUGGGAACUGGAGUGGGAGCAGCUCCACCUGCCCCUCGCAGACCUCAGAGACAAUCCCCCCAGCAGCUUCUCCGCCACUGACUGGCUCCUCCCACUGUGACUCUGAGCUGUCCCUGAAUGCCGCCACGCACACCAACGACGACCAGACCGGCUUCCUCCUGGACCACUACCCGGGCCUCAGGACACAGCGAGCAGGCUCCUUCUCCUCCACAGCUAUGGACAUAUUAGAGGAGGUCGGGGUCAGCACCCCCAUUGAGAGUGAAUGGAGUUACCAUCACCAGGACACUCCAUGUGCGCAGGACUUCAGCCCUGAGCCUAACAGAGAGGCUGAGAGUAGCCUGGGCUGCCCCAGCUUCACCAGCAUGGCCACCUGCGAGAGCAGCUACUCCGACAAGCCCAUGUCGGAGAAAGCCGAUACUGUCUCACACUACUCUGUCGACACUGAAGGUUACUACACCUCCAUGCACUUUGACUGUGGUCUGAAAGGCAGCAGAAGCUUCACUUACAGUAACUAUGCAGCUCCUGGCUCUGACUGUGGCCUGUCUGAUAUAAGUGGUCACAUGACCCUUGGGAGACGCUGCCUGUCUUUAAGGAAAAAAAAAGUGAAGCCAUCUCCACCUAAGCGGAGUUCAUCCUUAAGGAAAAUAUGCAGUGAGGGAAAUAUCCCUGAUAGAAAAGAACCAAAGAUAACCUGCGGACAACACCUCCCACUGUCUUCCAAGGACAGAAAACUGCAGCUGUCUUUAUCGGGCUCAUCAGGUCACAUAGAAAACUCUUCAUUAUCCAGAGAACCUCUGGUGAUCUGGGGAGUUGAGGGCUCAACCGAUCUACCUGACCUUGGUGUGUUUAGUUCCACAGAUGCACAUUCAUUUAAGGACGAAGGCGUUGUACAGUCCGACUAUGCAGAUCUGUGGCUCCUGAAUGACUUAAAGUCCAACGAUCCGUACAGGUCAUUGUCAAACUCCAGCACAGCAACAGGCACAACGGUCAUCGAAUGCAUCAAGUCACAGGAAAGCUCAGAAUCCCAAACAUCCCAGUCUGGCUCCAGAUCCACCACCCCAUCACUUCCAUCAGUGGAGGGAGACUUCAAGCUGACAUCCCCGGAGAAGCUGGCAGGCCUAGCAAGUCCAUCCAGCGGCUACUCCAGUCAGUCAGAAACCCCAACGUCAUCCUUCCCCUCCGCUUUUUUCCCUGGGCCACUGUCGCCAUCCAGCGGUAAGAGGAAGCCCAAAGUCCCAGAGAGGAAGUCCUCGCUUUCCUCGCUGUCACUGCAAUCGCUGUCGUGCAGGGAUGGAGCCACGUCAAAACGAGAGCUGGAGUUACCCAUAAUCCCUCCCUCCCAUCUCGAUCUAAGUGCCCUUCAUAGUGUUGAAAACAAGGCUUCAGCUUUCAGAACCCAGAUGCAAAUCCUUCACCAAAACAAACACAAAGCCAAACCUGUAGCGCCACAUAAAUCAGACGUGUUUAACGCCCAGUCGAUGUCCAUCACACCCACUGUGCUGCAUUCAGUGCAGCUUAGAUCCAUCAGCAGGGAAAAUGAAAGUCAUGAUGAAAAAGAUCCAUCUUCCAGACUUAAAUGUCCCACUGUGAACUUAACAAGCACACACACUAGUUGUAAAUCUUCAGAUCUCAGUAGCCCCCUUUUGCACAGCUCACACCACACAUCCCCAAAGCAGUCGUACGAAUCAGUGUUUACCUCAAAUGAAGAGCUUGCAGAUGUGUGUGGGGAAGCAGUAUAUCAAAGCGAGACCACAGAAGAGCUGGACAGAGAGGCCUCGACUGUUUCAGAGAGUAUGACGGCAUCAGAGCCAUCAACAGACCAACCAGAAGGAGAGGUCUACAGAGAAUCAGCAGAAACCCCCGUCAGCCUGGAGUCUGAAUCUGCACCCCUGGAAGGACUCAAGCCACGUGAUGAUGGUGAUGAUGAUGAUGAUGAUGAAGCAGCUCAAUUACAACUUAACUCUGUCCAGCACAGCUUACUCAGAAGAAGCAGCAGCCUGGACACAGUGCCUGCUCUGUGUGGUCAGUCAGAGCUGUUACAAGUCAGUCCAGUCAGUGGAGAGGGCAGCAAAGAAGUGGAAGACGAGUCCUCGAGUGUUUCGGCUGAAAGUGCCUCACCGGGCAGCAAGGAGGAGUCCACGGCAGACACAGAGGGAUACUAUAGUAAAGAUAGUACACCCAGUGAAAGCACUGUUUCCCCUCUGAGCGACGAGUCAAGGCCAGAGGAUGACGCUGUGUUCCUGUCACCCACCAAAGCACGAACUACUGACGACCUGUUUGCUGUGAUUCACAGGUCCAAAAGGAAAGUGUUGGGGAGGAAGGAUUCGACAGAGCUGGCAGUGAGAAACCGUCUCGGUGCUGCAUCUGGGAACACCCCACCCAGCAGCACUGUGAGCUCCCCACUGGCAUCACCAUCACCCACUGUGACCCCACCUGGCCUGCAGAAGACCCCUGGGCCCAUAUACAGGAAUGCAAAAAAGUCCAGCACCUCCAAUGAGGAGUUUAAACUGCUGCUGCUUAAAAAGGGGAGUCGUUCCGAUUCUAGUUACCGCAUGUCAGCCACUGAGAUCCUCAAAAGCCCCAUCGCUCCAAAAUCCCCUGGAGACUCCCUAACAGAGUCUCCUCGACAGCCAGAGGAGCCCACCUCCCCUCCACAGCAGCCCCAGUCAGGCCCCGAUCAGCUGUCCAGCCCUUAUCCCAAAGCCAACGCAGACGGAUUCUCCCCGAAACUGUUCCCUACGUCUGCCUCCUCCAGACAGGGUCGCUCCAGGAUCCCCCCGCCUGCCAACAGCAGCCGCUACGGCAUGCGCAGCAGGAUCUACUCAGCCCCCAUGCAGGCCAUCUCUGAGGGCGAAACGGAGAACUCAGAUGGAAGCCCUCACGACGACCGCUCAUCAUGAAACAGGCUGUAAGAGCAGAACGUUCACAGCUGAAACCAAUGGACCAGAAGAAAACUGAUGUGAGAUGCAGCGAGGGCAUGAGUAAUGAUCUGUUUUAUUGAAUACAGAUUCAAUUCAAGAGGUUAAUUUGGAUGGAAAACAUAAAUAUAAAAAUAUAUUUUAGUUUUUACAAGAUAUAUAUUGUGCAGUUUCAUGGGUGUUUCCUUUUUUGGUUUUUCUGUGGAUGGUUUCAUUUUACCUGUGCUCAAAUAUUUUACACACAGAAGCAUCUUUGUGGAAAGAACACUUAUUAGGAACAGGCAACCAGGUUCAGAAAUGAGCAAAACUCUUCUGGUUCAUGACCAGUCCCAUAAAAAACAGGAUCACAUCCAUUUUAUUAGGUCUUUGUUUAGUUUCUCUUGCCCUGUCACACACCUAUAGGUUGCCUUCCCUUUUCCUACAACACAUUCAUGUUUCAGUACCUUCUGGAAAUAUAAAAAUAUAUGUGUGGACUGUAUGUAUUCUGUGAAUACCUAUGCAAUUAGAUUUGAUUUGUACACUUCUUUGAGCCGCUUAUACAAUUGAUUCCCCAACUGAAGUGGUCAGGGCAAACACUGUGUGAACAACAGCAGAAGUAAAAAAAAAAAUAUGAAGCCUCAAUGCAUCUGAUCAUACAUUUGAUGUGAUGUGCCUGCAUAUUAGAGUCAGAUAUUCAUGACAGAAUAUGAUGACAGUGUUUCAAAUUUUAAUUGAAAGAUGAUGAAUUGGAGGAGAGGUUUCCAAAUGUUAAAGCCAAGCACUAAGUUGACAAUCUCUGAGGACGAGGAGGAAGCAGGUGUUAAUGUGGGAGUCGGAGAAGUGGUCAAAAAGUGGGAGGUAGUGAAACAGGAGAGAUGUACAUGAACGAGGAGGUCAUAUGUUUAAAAAAGAUGUAAAACAAAAAGGUCAUCUCUGGUUUGCUGACGGUAUGUUUAGGAAUUGUUGAUAGAGGCAAGUGGAAAGUGUUCAGGAGGAUCAAAAAUGCCUUAUUCGUAACUGCUUAUAAGAAGAAUCAGGAUCGAUAUCGAAUCAGCGUCGAUACGUGAGCGGCAGCUUGGGCCUUGGCAAGUUGAGUGUUUAUCUGAGAUUUACCAGUUUGACAGUGUGUGUAGCGUUAAGUUUAGAGCCAGGUUAUCGUCUGUCCCAGGGUUUACUGAUGUGGCAUUUGCUGCUGUUUUGUACCAAAUGCUCCUUUAUUUUUCUCCCCAUCAAAGUGUACAAACUUGCCACGGGUUCACAUAAAUCUAGAUAUAUUUAUUUUUUUAGCAGACACAGAACAGGUUAUAAGAACCAGAAAUCCCAUUUGGUUUGUACUUAAAAUGUUCUAAUGAAAGUAUGCAAUGAAUUGUUAGUAUUUUAAUAACAUAUUUUAUUCAGAUGCAUAUUUUGUUUAUAAGAGACAAAUUUAAGAAUCGUUUUUAAAACACUGGCUGCAGAGACGAGUAGGAAAGCAACUCAACAGAUGACGUGAACAGUCAUAAGCUACAAAUGAGGUGUUAGCUGUAACCUUAAGGCCCUGUUUAUAGGUAUGUGGUUCAUUGCAGUGACGGUACACAACAUUAUGCACAGUUUGCAAAGUCUACGUAGCCAUAUUAGCCCUAUGGGACUCAGUCUGUCCCCAUAGGUCCACUGUAAAUAUUAGCUUUAGCUUUUGGCCUUAAUAAACACCACAGAUUCCCUUCAGUAACUUGACACAACAGUGACGUAUAACAGGGUACACAAUGGGUUAUAUCUGUGAACCUUCAUUCCAACCUUUUUUUUUUUUUUUUUUUUUUUGCACUGAUAAAGUGAUGUUUGUGAAGUUUCAUUUGUCUCUUGCUGUACCUGGAGAUAUUUAUAGACCUUUUACAUGGAACUGUUUGACUUUUCCUUGAGUAAUCUUCAGACUUUAGGAGUGGAUUAGACGCUUCUGCCAAAGGCUAGAACAUGUACAGUACAUGUUAGUGGCAUUGAACUGUUUUUCUUCUCUCGUUUACUUGACUGAAAUGUUCUUGAAAUCUUUUUUUUUUUUUAAACACAGUACUAAAGAAGAAUGACUUAAGCAUUAACUUAUGGUACUAGAUGCAUUUCAUUUGGAUCAACCUCUAUACUGUAGCUCUCAGCUUUGUAUUUUCUUGUACAAAAUUGUAAAUACGAUAACUUUUCGACAUUGUCACAAAGGUCAAUGAAUUGUUUCUUAUGUAAAAAAAAAAAUGUUUUCAAAGUUUACAUUAAUUUCAAACCUUUGUAUAUUUUUGAGCUGUGGAACACUUUGUCUUGUAUUUAUUUUUUAGUAAGCGUUGUGGAAAUCCCAUAGUAAAUCCUAUCAAAGCCAACUGCUAGCACAACAGGCUGCUUAGCAAAUGUGUAUAAAAAGAUAAAUAAAUGUGACUGCUCUGAAAAUGA